AGAAAUAUCAGUCAGCUACUCUUGCUCACUUUCAUGUGCUUCUCUCUUGCUCUCUCCUCAUGAUGCUGCUGCCGUACUUGAAGUGGUUGAGUCUUUAUCGUGUUACCUGCUAAUCGAAUCCCAGAAGAAAUGGCUGAAUAUUCACGUGUAAAAUCAACCAAACUGGUUUUGAAAGGUUCGAAUAAAGGGAAAAAGAAGAAGAACAAAGAUAGGAAGAGAAAAUCCGCAGAUGAUGAGGAUAAACUUGAUAUUAAAGGUGGUUGGUGGGCUGUCAGUAGCUUUGGACAAAUGACAGGUGUAGUUGCCAUAGAGAUGGAGAACAACUCCUACAUCCAUGCUCUGGAUACUGGGCUCUUUACUCUUGGUGCACCACACAAAGAUGAUGAGGGGCCAGACCCACCAGAACAGUUUACUGCCGUCAAGCUCUCAGACUCUCGGAUGGCAUUAAAAUCUGGAUAUGGAAAGUACCUGGGCAUAAACUCUGACAAUUUGGUGGUCGGACGCUCAGAUGCCAUUGGCUCCCGGGAACAGUGGGAGCCGGUCUUUCAGGAUGGAAAAAUGGCCCUAAUGGCAGCAAAUAGCUGUUUCAUCUCCUACAGUGAGGAUGGGGACAUUGUGGCUAAGAGCAAGACAGCAGGGGAUGGUGAGAUGCUCAAGAUUCGAACAAACACAGAACGAGACAUCAAACCCAAAGACGACAUUGCAGACGAGGACAGGGGCAACGUGAAAUCCUGUGAGAUUAACUAUAUAAAGAAGUUUCAGAGUUUUCAAGAUCAGCGGCUCAGAGUUAACGAGGAAGCCCCCUCUUCUCUAAAGAAAGCCAGAACAGAUGGAAAAUUUCACGAAGCUUUGCUUGACAGGAGAAGCAAAAUGAAAGCUGACAGGUACUGCAAAUGAAGACUCAAUGGAUUUCAACCUUUAAUUGUAUAAUUCUUUUAAAUUCUGCGAUUUCAUGUGGUAUCUUUGUUAUUGCAUUUUGAAUAAAUCAAUCACUCUUUCAUAAGCUUUGUUUUCUUUUGUCUAUUGACACAUCACGAUUAUACUUUGUCGUAUGCUAUACCUUUUAGGAAUUUUAGGUACCUACUGAUCUGUUUGUAUGAAAAACCUGAUUGUCAAGAUGUAAUUUAUAGGAUGUAUGCAACACUUGACAGAUGUUCAAUAGGGAGUUGUGCUAGUUCUUGCAUGCUUAUUAAACGGCAUAUUCUCC